UUUGGGACCACAGAAUGCUUCCUCUUGGCUGCAAUGGCAUAUGACCGCUAUGUAGCAAUCUAUGACCCUCUCCUGUAUUCAGUCAGCAUGUCACCCAGAGUCUAUGUGUCACUCAUCAUUGCUUCCUAUGCUGGUGGCAUUUUGCAUGCUUCUAUACACACAGUGGCCACCUUUAGCCUAUCCUUCUGUGCAUCCAAUGAAAUUAGACAUGUCUUUUGUGACAUCCCUCCUCUCCUUGCCAUUUCUUGUUCUGACACACACACAAACCAGCUUCUACUCUUCUACUUUGUGGGCUCUAUUGAGAUAGUCACCAUCCUGAUUGUCCUGGUCUCCUAUGGUUUUAUUCUGUUGGCCAUUCUGAGGAUGCAUUCUGCUGAAGGGAGGAGAAAAGUCUUCUCCACAUGUGGCUCUCACCUAACUGGAGUGUCAAUUUAUCAUGGAACCAUCCUCUUCAUGUAUGUGAGACCGAGUUCCAGCUACGCUUUGGACCAUGACAUG